AUUAAGAAGGAAUAGAAAAACAAGGAAGUACGGCGUGCUGACAACUAAUUCUGAUCAUUUGGAGAUGGCGCCGUUAGACCAAGAAGAGGACGAUGAAGACAUGACAGUUUUUGAAGCAAACUCAAGAUACAAAUGAAAGCACUGAUCAGUAGGAAGUGAAUGAUGUACACCUGUUAUCUUCCUUGUUUAUGAGAUAUGCAGACAAAUAACCUCCAUUUACCAAAACAUCAGCCCAUACAUAAAAAAAAC